AUGCAUUUGCACCUGUGUAAAGCCUCUGUCCUUGAGCUGACAUGGGUUUUCUUCCACCACGUUCUGUUGAAUGAGGAAAUUCACAAUGAAAUAUGCUAUCGACGUAACAAAUGUGAGAAAGCCUUCCGUCAAAACAUAGGCCUGGUUUUUCAUCAGAGAAUUCAUACUGGGAAGAGACCCUAUGGGUAUAAAGAGUGCGUUCGCGAGGGUGAGCCGCCAGAGCCGCCAGGCUCUAAGAGCUGUCAGAGUCGUAAGAGCCGCCAGAGCCGCCAGAGCCGCCAGAGCCGUCAGAGCGGCCAGAGCUCUAAGAGCCGUCAGAGCCGUCAGAGCCGUCAGAGCCGUCAGAGCCGCCAGAGCCGCCAGAGCCGCCAGAGCCGCCAGAGCUGCCGGAGCUGCCGGAGCUGCCAGAGCCGCCAGAGCUGUAAGAGUCGUCAGAGCUGUCAGAGCCGCCAGAGCCGACCGCGCGCUGUCAGAGCCGUGAGAGCUGCGAGCAGCCUCGCCACCCUGAGCCGCCAGCCCCGCCCUGAGGGGCCUUGCAGCCCCGAGCCUCGGCCCCGUCUCGAGCAGCCUCGCCACCCAGAGCCGUGGCCCUGCCGCGAGGGACUUCGCAGGAGCGGAGCGGCGUCAUUCCAGGGAGGGGUCUCGUGGGCGUGCGGCCUCGUCGUUGAGUGGCCUCGUCAGGAGCAGCCUCAUCCAGAGCGGCCUCCUCCAGGGAGCAGCCUCCUUGGUGAGCGGCCACGUCUGGAAUGGUGGCCUCUGGGGAGCAGCCUUGUCAGAGUGGCGUCAUGGGGAGCAGAAUCUGUGUCAUCAGGGUUGUCUUUGUCAUCGUCGCUGUCGUCAUCGCCUCUUUGUCGUUGGGAGCGGCCGCCUCUGGGGAGCAGCCUUGUCCAGAACGGCCUCUUGGGAGCGAUCCUGACCGGGGAGCAGCUCCUGUUCACGGCGUGGCCCUGUCUGGGAAGCGACCUGGUCAGCGGCUUUGUCCUGGGAGCAGCCUCAUCCAGAGUGGCCUCUUCUUGGGAGCGGCUCCAACCAGGGAGUGGCCUCAUCUGCAGAGGGGCCUCCUCUGGAGUGGCCGCCUCUGCGGAGCAGCCUUGUCCAGAGUGGCCUCAUCUGGAGCGGCCUUGGGAGUGACUUUGUCGGGGUCAUCAUUGUCCUCUCUUGGUAAGAGAUGGCCCCUACCAGUCAGUUUGAUUUUUGAAGCUGGGCGUGA